AUGCAGCAGUCGGGGUAUGAUUCUGCUGGCACAAGGCUCAACGGAAGAGGACCUGAAACAGCAGAAGAACCUCUGCAAGACAAGGGAGAAAGCCCAUCCCCAAAACCAUUUGAUCCCACCUUCUCGCCGCAAGGUAAUGGGUAUGAAAAGCAGAUGACUCAUCUACCUGAUGGAAAGAGCUCACUCCACGACCAUCUACCUCCCAAGUCUUCUCCCGUAAAGGUCAAAAAAUUCCGCGAGACCAAGAUCAAAGCCGAAGGUCUAAAGCCUAUCCAGUCUGCGAUGUCAUUGACCAAAGAUGAAAAGCAUGCAAGCGAGAUUACGGAUAGCAGUCCGGCCACCGGACGAGAGAAUUUGGGUGCUAGUAUACCUAUUUUUGAUGUACCUGCAAAAGACCAAGUGCAGAGGAAUGCCAAAGUUCAAUACAAUGGUAAGAGAUAUGAUACUCUUCCACAAGCUGAUGCGACCCCUGAGAGUGAUGGCCAUUCAUUGGAUGCGCAAAGAGAACUCCGGAAGCUGGCGCAAAAUCACCAAGCUCAAUCACCAAACGCUGGAAAGGAUAUAGAGUCUGUCAAAGAGCCGAGAAGUCCGACUCUGCACAAGAGUAUUACAGGAGACAACAACAACAAACUGAUAGAUGAGUCCAGGUCAUUCCAGCACAAAGGAAAAGGGUUUAUCAAAGCUCCCAUAAUCAAGUGUGCAUUGCCAGAAUCCGGUCCCAAAUCAAACUCACAAGGUUGGCAAGAGGCACAGCGGACCAAGCUCGAAGGAAACCCGACAAUAUUGCGCCCGCUAACUGAAGUUCCCCCUUUUCAUGGUGAUGGAUCUGAUUUAAAGGAAAUAGCAAGAGACUUGGAAAAAGAUGGAGCCAAAAGGGACUCCAGGAACUCAAAUGAUUGGACGGCUGUUCGUAAUCCCUCUUGGGAAGUUCCCAUUCAUCAUGAGGUGGGAAAUAAAAUUCCUACCACCAAGAACAAGUUUGCAGAGAUUUCUGAACAAUAUUCCAAGACUGAAGACGAGAUUCCUGAAAAUCAUGUAGGAACUGAUGAUGAUGUCAAUUCUACCUUGAUGAGCAUAAUACCCACUGUGAAGGACAGGUCACAAGAUUUUGGUCAGACACACAAUGAAAAGGAGCAAGAAAGUGGGAUAUCAGGGUCAAGUGAAACCCAGAAUGAGUUCAAAAUCCAAGUUGUUAGAGAGUCCCCAAAGAUUACCAAAAAGAAUCACAAGAAGCAUAAGAAAGGAAGCAAACAUAAAAAAGGACAAAAAAACCAACAUGUUGCUAAAGGUGGAAAUGUAGGAAUCCUAAAAUCAUAUAAACCCUCAACCAUUUUGGAUGUUAUUGAUGUAAUAGUUUCUGAAGAAGGACAAGACCAUUCAGAAUCUUGUGCAUGUGAAUUUGUGAAUAAAAUUCUACAUGCAGACAACCAACAAACUGGGUUGAAGAUGGAUUUGAAUAUAGCUGCUCUUGAGUACUUAGAAAAACUUGUUACUGUUCAAGAAAUGAUGGGGGUAAUACUUCAAAGAUGUCAAGUCAGGUUUAGGAACUUUCAUGAAGGAUGCAUGAGAUCUAUUUGUAAAAUGCUGGACAUUGAGGAGCCAUGGGCAUUAUUCAAGAAUAAAAAGGUCAAAGAUUGGGACAUACUGUUACAUGAGAUAUCAAUCAUAAAACAGGAACCUGACCAGUACAAGAAACUUCAGUGGAUUUUUGAAAAUAAGUUUGAAAAGAGAAUUGCUACAUUUUACUUGAUGUCUUCCAAAAAGUUGGGUCAAACCUCAAGAAUUGUAGAUAGGGUUAUAAAUGAAGGGGCAGUCAUGCAAGGGGUAUGCUUACCACUGAUUGUCCGUUUUUCCACUGUUCUGGAAUUAUCAUCAAAGAAAACAAACUGGGGUUCACUACUUCCAGGAAAGAUUUCAGAAAAGGUUAAUGAAUUAAUAGACAUUAUGAAGGGAAAGUUCACUCUUCCUAACAAUGAAACUAUUUGGUUGUUUGAAACCACAUGGGUAGAAGAAUAUACCAAUCAUUAUUUAACAUGCCCAAGUACUUGGAUCUCUUCACUGGUCCUAUCUCGUAUCAAAGAAUUAGCUAUGCUGGCCAAUUGUUCAGAUGUACAGAAAUGUGAGAAAGUGAUGUCUAGACACCCAAUAAUAUCUCAUGGACUUAAGUUAGGGGAAAUCCUGGUUGCAACUCAUGUUGGUCUUGAGAUUCAAAAGGUCCAUUAUUUGAACUUGUUGUUUCAGAGCCAGAGGCAUAAAAUGGAACCCCACUUGAUAGCAAGGGGCUAUAUUGGAAAAUGGUCUGAAGAUCUGCCCAAAGAUUUGAAAGCAAGGUCGCACAUGUUCAAAGAAUAUUUUGACCUUAUGGGAAAAAAAGUUUGGGGUUUAGAGAAGUGGAUUGAUGAUUACUUCACAGGCUAUAAAAUCAGGUGCCCACUCUGUAAUCAACUAUAA